UAUAUCUCACUUACCAGCUAGACAUCAACAUUAUCAUAAUGAAGAAAACAUGUCCUAAGCCUGUUUACAAAUUAUGGAGUAGCUACCAAUUAAUGCAUGAAAAAUAUGAGGUUGCAUUUGUAUUCGAGAUAGUUUGAUAGGGUAGGGUACAAUCUAAGACAACACCACAUUAUAUCUCAUCCUAUGUUCUCUAUUAUUUUACCCUUUCAAAAAAUUAUUUUGCUUGGAAUUGGGUUUCAGUUUCAAGAGAACCUCAAUAAUUAUAAAUACGCUUCCUCUUGCCUUCACAAACAACACAAUUCAUUGGCAUCCUCAAGUAUUUAGUUACAUUUGAGAUUUUUUCUUUAUUCUUCUUCUCUCAAACAAGAACUAAAAAUGGGUUUCCGUUUACAUGCUACUCUAAGGGCAUCAGUAACUGCUAGACAAGCAUCAUCAAAAUCUGUAGAAGUUCCAAAGGGCUAUGUUGCAGUGUAUGUUGGAGAUAAACAAAAGCGGUUUGUGAUCCCUAUCUCAUACUUAAACCAACCAUUGUUUCAAUAUUUGUUGAGUCAAGCUGAGGAAGAGUUUGGAUAUGAUCAUCCCACAGGUGGCCUCACCAUUCCUUGCACUGAAAAUGUCUUCCAACGCAUAACUUCUCGCUUGAAUGGGCUAUAAAUUUCACGUGGAAAGAGACUGACGUAGUUUAGUAGACUAGAGUAGAGACAUUUUUGUAUA